GGCACUAGACUUGCGGCCGAUCUCAUCCAGCACGCGGAAGUGGGCAGGGACCGCUUACGCAUCGAAGGUAGCCACUUCGCGCUGAACAGCGAGACGGGCUUCGCAACGCCGGCAGCUUCUACCCACCGCCUUCAUGCCACAUUUCUCCACAGGGACGCGGAGUCUCAAGCCACCAGAGCAGCACGGCUUCAGAGAACACACGACUUGGAGCACAUCAUGAAGCAGCAGCGCAUGCUCCAACGUCGGAGUCGCUUGUGGGUUCCUUUCGCGUCUCGGCUACAGCUGAAGGGCAUCGAGACCGCGCUUGGCCAGGCGGUUGCCAAGGACCCCGGAAGCAUGUUCAAGGCGCUGGCGGACCACUGGAAGCCGAUCUUCACGGACAUCCCCAGAGUAAGCUCACCAGUUCACCACGUCCACCAGGCCAAGCUCGAACAGUUCCUUGACGCUCACAUCCACGCGGACAUCUCCCAAGUAUGCCUCCCGCUGCCUACCGCUGCCUCGAUGAUGCACGCGGCCAGGGUAGCCCUUGAUCCUGAUCAGAUCCCGCACAAAGCAUGGAUGGCAAUAGAGGACAGCGUCGACCUGCUCGAAGACGAUGACUGGGAUCCCUUCGAAUUCGGCGCUGCUCCCGAAUGCUUCAACCGCUCGCUCUUCAAUUAUAUCCCGAAGGGGUCGGAGCCCGACGACGAGGCGCGCUGCAUUCGGGAGGCGGGCGCCCUCCGCCCCAUCGCACGCAAGAGCGCCGACCCCAAGAUUAUCGCGUCGGCGAUCAAACGCCAGGUGGCCAAGCAGGGCUUGAACAACGCGGCCCACGGCCUUCGCGACAGGGCUGAAGGCAUGGUCUUGCUCGGAGGUGCCCGCCGCCGCAUCUGCGACAUCGAGAGUGGCGCUACCAUUCGCAACUUUCAGACCUUGCCGAAGAUUGCCGCGGUCUUUGACGCGGCGCACGACCUGGGCAGCCUCCAGCAGCAGCCGGGGAAAAGCUUCCUCAUCCUUAUGUGGCAGGCCCUCGAUGAGCGGCUGAUCUCCGAGGUCGAGUCGACUAUUCCUGCAUUAGUGCCCCGAUGUCAGGGCACCCAGAUCAAAGCUGUUGGCAAGUACCUAGGGGUGCAGCUGGGCCCUGGCGCGGCACCCGAUGCCCAGCGGACUGCAGCGGCGGAGAAAUGGCGGCGCCGAGCGGUGCUCACGGGGCAAUCAUCCGCGCCUAUCGACGCCGACGCGCGGCUCAACGACACCCACUGCCCCUCGGCGCUGUCCUACCUCGCGCAGUUCUACCCACUUCCCAAGAAGCUCGCCAUGCAGGAGUUCCAUGCUUGUCACAAAGUAUUACGGCUAUCGCCAUCGACGCUCAAGCUCCCGGAGUUCCUUUUCCUGGGCGCCUGGUUGCCAAUUGCAGCAGUCAAACAUGCGCGCGCGACGGCGGCGGGCUCGACCUGGAGAACGGCCGAGUUCACGAUCCCGUCGCGGCGCGACACGAACGAGAGGCUCGAGCAGCCAGCCAUGGAGAGCAUCGGGCCGCCUGCUUUCGUUGCCAACAUGUGGG